CUUAGUAUGUAGAGCUCUCGGGCUGUGCGUCUGUGUGUAACUGGUAGCUUGGGAAUAAAAACAAUGUCGAGCUGGCUCUCAUAUGCAAGGUCAUACCUUGUCUGUUCACCUUGAAUUCCAAUUAAUACUAUUUGAAAAUUUGGACGAUCGAAAUGACCGAAGCUGAAAUACAGAUUCCAAAGAAGGGCAAGGCUGCUGUCGUCGUCAAUGAGGGACCCGAUUUUCACGUCGAAGUCCAAGAAGUAGAUGUGCCUGAGCCAGCCGAUGAUCAACUCCUUCUGAAGCUGAAUUGCACUGGCCUCUGCAUGUCCGAUGUCCAUUUCAUGAUGCAUGACUGGGCUCCACCACCCAUGUCAGUAUUUGGUACCAGGUGCGCGGGUCAUGAAGGUGCCGGAGUCGUUGUCAAGGUAGGAAGCGCAGUCAAAGGCUGGAAGGUUGGCGAUCGAGCUGGCGUGAAGCCGCUUUGGGACGUCUGCCGCAACUGCGAGGAAUGCUGGACCGGUCGCGAGAACUACUGCCAGAAGGGAGUCUACACAGGCCUCAUGGUGGAGGGAACCUACCGAGAAUACAUCGUUUCUCCUGCCAAUUACACCAGCAGAAUUCCUGAUGGGGUGCCUGAUGAGGUUGCUGGGCCGAUCAUGUGCUCCGCAAGCACGAUGCAUCGCGCACUCGUCGAUUCAAAUUUGAAAGCCGGGAGCUGGGUUUGCUUUCCCGGCGGUGGAGGUGGUGUUGGACUACAGGGCGUCCAACUCGCCAAGGCUAUGGGAAUGCGACCCAUCGUCAUCGACAGUGGCGAGCAGAAGAAGAAGCUCUGCCUCGAGCUUGGCGCCGAUGAAUUUAUCGACUUUAAAGAACACUCCGACGUCGCCGCCAGAGUCAAGGAGGUCGCAGGCGGCGUAGGCGCCCAUGGUGUCCUCGUGACCGCUUAUCAAGCAUACAAAGACUCAAUUUCGUACGUGGGAGAUCGGAUAGGCGCAAAGAUCAUGUGCAUCGCGCUACCACCAGCAGACACGAUCACUCUUGGGACGGACCCGAACAUCUUCGCUUUCAAGAACCUUACCAUCACCGGUACUCUCGUAGGCACGAUGCAGGAUACGGCGCAAGCGCUGGAGUAUGCGCGCCGCGGUCAGCUCAAGGGCAUCGCAGAAGUGCGAGGGAUGUCACGUUUCGACGAGAGCGUGCAGGCGUUGCGCCGUGGCGAAGUCGCUGGCCGAAUCGUCAUGGACUUUAACAAAGAAUAGUCUGCAUCGGACAGACCUGGCAGGAAUUUCUGGACUGCUGUCGGCUGCUCAGAGCGCAGAGAUGGCUUGCUGAAAGUUUGUAUGGAUCGUUAAUGUACAUGAUCCCAACUGCGAAGUAGGUAGUCUCCUUCGUAUGCCCGGAAAAUACUUGAUCGGAACGCGAUAAUGUGAUAUGUUUCUGAAUAGCGCCACGGACGCAAUCAUGCAAGCUGAGAGCAUCGGUGGUUAGCAGAUGAGUCCAGAUGGGAUGGUAUGUAUGAUUGUGUUUC